GUAAUCAAUUUAUUUGUGGGUCAGUAAGUACAACACACAGCAGUUGGAUCUCUUAUAACAUUUCAUUUCAUUACUAAUAUAAACAAUGUUGUUGGACUACAUAUUAAAUUUUACAACUUUCGUCAAAAACAUACAUUUUAACAGAUCUCAAUAGGACACAGAUAUAAAAAUAAAUAUUGACUGUACAAACCAUUACAUUACAGUACCUCAUUAACAAAACAGCAACUCAGGAGAGUAGUAGGCAUCAACUUUCAAAGCCUGGAAUUUCACCCAAGUGUUACAAUAAAAGCUAGAAUUAAGGUAAUGCUUAUUAAUCAUACAAGAGGCCAAUCAGUAAAAGAAUAUGAAGAACCUAUUAAUUCUUAACUAAUAACAAAAUAGUGAAAGCAGUUGCUGAAAAAUGGUUCAAAUGGCUCUGAGGACUAUGGGACUUAACAGCUGUGGACAUCAGUCCCCUACAACUUAGAACUACUUAAACCUAACUAACCUAAGGACAUCACACAAAUCCAUGCCCGAGGCAGAAUUCGAACUUGCGACCGUAGCGGUCACGCGGUUCCAGACUGAAGUGCAGUUACUGACAAAUGGAUUACGUAACACUACAUAAAACAGGAAAUGAUGAGACUCUCGAACUUUAAAUUCUUUUGAGAGCACAAAGAUUAAACGAUUUCAAUGUGUCAAUCAACUACGCAAUACUUUGCGUUAGUUGUGAUCUGCCUGUCUUUCCAAUCAUUACAUGAAUUCUGUGCAACAUUUUACAUUGACAUAAAACACUGAAACUUUUGAAUUACACUCUCUCUCUCUCUCUCUCUCUCUCUCUCUCUCUCUCUCUCUCUCUCUCUCUGUGUGUGUGUGUGUGUGUGUGUGUGUGUGUGUGUGUGUGUGUGUGUGUGUGUGUGUAGCAGCGGUAUGGUUCUAUAUUAUGUCAACUGUUGACAGUGAUGACAGCUUUUGUGUGAUUUACGCUAAUUCUCUUUAUCUUAAAUUACUACCUAUGAACUCAGAUACAACUUGUUCAUGUUACAAUAAUGAACAUUACUGCUUGGUUCUCAUUUUGUCCUCCUUUCUGCUUCUGUCGACACACAAUAAUAUUUAACCAACAUAAUGAAAAUCAGUUUUGAUGUUUUACAAAUUUAGGAAAUCUUGAACAAUACAACUAGAACAUGGUAAAUUAGGAACAAGUGUUGUAAAAAUAUAAACAUUUUACACAGUUCGGAAUAAUUCAUCUGUUUUUCACCCAACAACCUCAAAAUUACAUAUUCAUUUUAUUUAUCAUAUAAAAUAAACUAUAGCUAUGACAUCACAGAUGUUCAUAAUAUCUAAUCCAUGGUCUAAAGAUGUGACAACUGAUUAUAUAAAACUCAACAAAUCAUCUGUGUGGGAAUGGGGCUUUAAUGAUACCAGUUCUCCUUUAGGGAACCAAAGAGAAACACUGUUUGCACCACAUAUUAACUACAUACAUAUGGAACUUUUCUGUGCAGUAUUAUACCACACAUACAAAGUACACAGAAAAUAUGCAGUGGGGGUUACAACAUACAUACAAUUUCAAAUUUGCCAAGUAACAAACAUACACAAGGUGCUCAAAGAGGAACUGAUUUCACUCUUAUGUCUACCAAUUACAAUUCAUUGGGAGGAAUAGUGAAUUUUGUGCUUGUUGUAUCCUCAUCAUUACAAGAUAAUACAUCAUAACACAUAUAAGUAGGCAAGUAAUAAUGAGAAGAAAGGACAUACUGUUAUCAACCCUCCCACAUAAGAAUGGGCAACAGGAUCAGACACUCACAUUCUUGGGUUUAUGUAGUUGAUAGAAGUUGAGGUCAAAAUGGUGAUGAAAUAUUGUCUGACUAUCAACAUAGUAUGUCCUACACAGAAUCCAAACACACUGUUGAACAAGAUCAAAGACAACACACUUUCCCACACCACUGCUUACUAUACACUGAGUAUCAUCAUCCUGUCUCUGAUGCAUUUUCCAUACACCUGACCUGCCUACACAAAACAUCAAACAAAACUGUCAGCUGGAGAAGCAGCCAGAUACUGGUGUUAACUUUAUGUGCUGAAGAUUUUCCUUUGGGCUAAUUGGUAGGUAGUUGAUCUGUUUCAUAAGCAUGGAGAUUCCAUACAGGGUGAGAAUUGAUCAUUGUUACUAUCAUUAUUUUUUCCAAGCUAGCUGCACCCACGAAAGUCAAAAAGCAAUAGUUCACAUUCCAUCAGAGCUGAUGACUGGGUCAAAUCAGAAGCUCAGUGAGGUACCACACCACCAAGUGCUACAGUAUGCUGGUAUCGAAUAAAAACCAAGGCAGAACAUUUGAAAUACUGGCAAAACACCACUUGCAAUUUGGCAUCCACUGCUUCGAGAAUGUUGCUCAAGUGCUGGUUGUUCAACAUUCCAAAUAGUGUAUCUCAAAGGCUGUUCUUCUAUGUUAAUGCCGCGACACUCAGCUGCAAAAUGAUAUUUGGAUCUUAGUUCUGGUGUUGCACACAGGUGAAGAAUGACUCUCGCACUACACUGCAGCUGAAGACUUCGGAAUGUUUUACUCCAUCAGUUCUGAGCAUUUGUGCAUAUCCUGGAAGGCAAGAGUCAUAGUCACUUUGUAUGCUAUGAAUAGUAGGUGCUGAAAUGGCAGACAGUGGCAGCUACCAGACACCAUAUACAAUUACGAGUGCAGCAAGUUUUAUCAUCCUUGGUUUCAGUCUUUUCUACAGAUGCCUGAAACAGGUAAAGUUUUGAUGGUGUCGAAAACAUAUAUCUUCAGCCCAGUGGUUUGAUGGCAUUUAGAGCUGAUAUGUGUAAGUUGAUUGGUAUCACCCACAUCCAUUCUGUUCUAUCUGUACCUUACGGCAGUAACUGUUCCUAGACUAGCUGCUUGGAAUUAGUUCAUUUUGUUGCAGUAGGACAAGUGUCAGCUGGAAGGUCCACUAAUAUUGGUAGUGAUUAAUAGGUCACCUGUUUCAAUAUCCACAGUAAUACUUUUGGCAAGGACGGGUUAUACAGACAACUCUUGUGUAACUGGCAGCAUCUUCCUGCAGAAAUGGUCACAGUGCUUUUUUCACGACUGAGGCCUAUGUAGCCCUCUUUCAUCCGGCUCAUUUCAGAUUCGAUGUAUGCUGUUGGUGGCUCCAAUUGUGUUGGUGAUGGCAGCAAACAUUAGCUUCACCAUAAAUGAGUGUGUAUCUAUAGUAAAAAAAAAACACUGGUAUCUGUACAUGUGAGAUGUUGAUUAGGGUUGCUGGGAUGCAUAAGAACUGUAAAAGCAAUUAAUUAUCAAAUGUUUAGCUGUUUCAUUGGUUGAGUGAUGUGUUAAUUUCCGCCUUCUUAGUCAACGGAAAGUGAGCAUGCCCAAUAACUUCUCUUUGGACUGAAAGAACAACAAAAUUUAUUUUGGGGUACAGAUACUUUUUGUCACAUUUUAUUUUAAACUAAAAUUGAUGCAGCUGAUGUGGUUCUGCAAUACAUUGAAUUCCUAAGAAAAGUAACCAACAGUAAUAAGCACAUAAUAAGGAAAUUGCCAGUUUCAAAAUCAUAUGAACUAUUAUCAAUUUUCAUGGAAUUUUACACUAAAUCCUUCAACCCAUUUACCAACUUUGAUUCAAUUAACAACACAACAUUUUCAUUAAAUCAUGCUGUAAGUAGGUUAUAUUACAAUUAGUGUUUGUCACAUUUUUACUCGCCAAAUGAAUAACACUUAUUUCAUAUGGAAAUAAUGUUUACAAAUAAAAUGAAACAAUACUUUGCACAUAUAAAAUUUCACGAACUAGUACAUAGUAAUAAUUAACUAAAGGCAUUAUUAGUUUAUGAGAAAUGGUUGCUGUUAAUGGCCAACAGAUAACACAAUGUAUUAUGCUGCAGUGUGUGCCUUUACACAAUUUAUAAGACAAGACAGAGCUGUAACAAAGGGAAUGCUGAUGUCCAGCAGCUCAUUUCCUGUAAAAGCAAUGAACCAGUGCUUAGUAGAGGAGACAAAGCCAUGUACAUGUGUUUUUGUUCACCACUUGCUACAACUGUGGUUCCAGAAUGAGAUUUUCACUCUGCAGCGGAGUGUGCGCUGAUAUGAAACUUCCUGGCAGAGACGAGGUACUGGCAGAUGUAAAGCUGUGAGUACCGGGCGUGAGUCGUGCUUUGGUAGCUCAGAUGGUAGAGCACUUGCUCGCGAAAGGCAAAGGUCCCGAGUUCGAGUCUCGGUCGGGCACACAGUUUUAAUCUGCCAGGAAGUUUCACAACUGUGGUUCAAUCAGCUGGCCAUUUAUCACUAUAUCCUCAAUGAACGACCAUGGUUUACAUAUACUCUGUCUACAUUAUUUGUAAUAUAAUAGAUAUUACACUUAUCUGAAUUAGGGUUACUUAACACAAGAUGCUGUAAAGUAUCUACCAGCUGUUGAUAACUCAGCAGAGGAACAACAAAAUCAUGUAAAUGUACAUAGUAUCAAGGAACUUACAAAUGAAAAUAACCAUUUACAUCACUGAUGAAGUUACACCACUGACGUAAACAUUUCAUACAUUUUGAUUCAACUCUGGUCCUAUUGGUUCAAUAUGUCAACAGUUUGUGUGUGUGUGUGUGUGUGUGUAAUAUUAACACCAUGUGAACUAACAUAAAAAGCGAUUUUGACUCUUGAUGCCAGCACUGAAACGGCCCGCCAUAGCAAGCAGGACUACACAAAACUUGUACAGAUAGUUAUAAUAUGAACUUAUAUCCUGACAAACUGGCAACCUACUUGUUAAAUGGAUACUUCCAAGCAAAUAAACAAAUCUUUUUAACGUGUAUAACCAAACAAAAUUCACUGUAAAAUAGUUUCAAGAUACGGAAGUGAAUAAAACAAUAUUAUUGAGAAUUACAUGUGUAGCUUCUGUGAACAAAGAAGACAAACUUUGAGCACAGAUAAAAUUUUUUGCUCGUUGUAACAUCAUAUACUACUCUCACAUAAAUGUUUAAAUAUGUAGUUAAAUAUAGAUACAUGUUACAUUACACUCGGAAAAAGAUUAAAUUCACAAUCUAAAGCUACAGUUGUAAAUUCACACAACAUAUUGGACAGCUUUCUCUGUUUUGUUAUUUUUAUUCUGGCCUUAGAAUUAAACUUAUGAAGUAUAAAAAAACUAGAGAAUAUAUCCAGUCACAGAAAUCAUAGUACACAAAAUCACUUUCAAUAAAUUCUUUAAAACCGAUACACCCUAACUCGUUCAAAGCAAACUAAAUACUUCAUAUUAACACAUAUACUUCAGUUAUACUCAUUCAAAUUGACACAUGCAAUAUCUGAAACCCUUUCCACAAAAAGUAUUUCUGGGUGUUUAAAUUCUAUAUUUUACCACACUGAAUUUCCACAGACGAAGCAUCAGAUACAAUGAACUUUCAGCAUAAGUUAUUGACAUGACAAGAUUAAAUAAGUCUUUAUCACUCAAGAAUGUUGACAAAUUUGCAGAAAAAACUUAAGAGGAGUGAUCAGUUUCUCAGUAGCCUAGCAUUCAUACUUUUGUAGUCUGGCAAACAGCAAUCUCUAACCAAACAAAAGAUAAAAUUAAAAAUUUAAAAAGAUCUUCCAUGUGAACUGUUGUAUAGAUGAAUCAAAUAGUGUCAUUAAUAAUUCCCAAUGUUACAUCCCUCACAACCCAGUACUCAUUAUUCUUACUUUCAUACUGCUAUAGUAUUACAAAAAAAGAUGCUUUUAAUAAGUUGGUUUCACUCCAGCUGGAUGGGUCUUAAGGACUUGAGCACAGCUGAGAUAGUGAACUUAAUAAUAUUCCUGAUCUGAUGAGCUUGGAGAAAUGAAAUCACAUCCAAGACCCAGGUGGAAAAAAGCAAAUCUGGAAACUAAAUUAGAUUAUUUUUCCAGAUAUUUCUAAUCAAAUUAGUGGACCUCAUCACAGUCAAGAACAGACAUAUCAGAAAAACCUCUAGUGACAUGUUGCCAAACCAUGGCUUGUGACCCAUAUGUGGUUCUUUGGUUCCUUGAGUGUGGCUCUUCCAGAAAAUACUACAUUUGAUGAGGCACAUACAUUUCCAGAGAAAUGAAACUCAUAUAGUCCAGUUGCAUCUUUGCAUCAUGUUUUACAAUGUGUCCUAUGCAUGAAAGACCUGAACUGCAGUUAACCCUUCGUGACAAUGUGGUUUCAUUUGAAGCCACUCAUGAUAUUUUGAUUUGGUGGCAAGAGCACAGUGGCUACGUCUGUAACAACGCUUCUGGGCGUAGAUGGUGCUGCCAUCUAGCGGCGAAAAUUUGAACUACAUCAAUAUUUCUAAUGUGUUUCGAAUCCUGCCUCGGGAUCGAGGAAAAUUUGCAGGAAUAGUAGACAAAUGCCAUCUGACACUGAACCAUAAUCACAGCAUUGACAGUGCUUCUUCAUUAAAGUAUAGAAAGCCGUCUCGUGAAGUUAAGGAAACAUUGAUAUCUCUGUCACUCACCUGCUAG